GGUGAAAGAAAAUGCUACGAAAGGUGGUCAUAACGAGCGUGGGUUGUAGUCGUAUAGUUCUGAAACAUUCAAGACUGCAGUGACAGUCGCCGAGCGGCCGCUGGUCGAGACAGCGCGGUCAUUAUCGUUACCCGCGUGAAAAUCGCUUUCCCCGCGGUGUAUAGAGCACGUGAACGCAGUGUCCCGUCGACCGCUCGCGUGACACGCCGCAUACAACCAUCCAGCUGGAUCGGCGUACGUGCAGGACGCCCGCCGGCCGCACACUGCGCCCUCACUCACCGAUCCCGCGCUGGGGCAUUCCAAAUUUGAAAUACGAACUUUUUAAAUUGCAAACAUUUGUUAUAACAGCCAGUGUCUCGCUUGACCUGGAUGAGAUGCGGUCCAAAGCGGUCGCUAAACGGCUGAACAGCCUGACGCUGCGAGAGAACGAUGGUGCCGAUCCAGCUACUGAUACUGCCGCUGACAGUCACGAGUCAGUGAGUCCUCCGCCAAGUCCGAGCUCCGGUGCAUCAGAGUCAGCUCCCACCUUGGUCCACAUCAAACAGGAGAACAUGGCUCCAGGAACAGACAUGAAAGAAUAUUACAGCGCUUUGGACUUCGGACUUCAAGAGUCAUACCUCACUAACUACGAGUACAGCAGGAAAUACUUCUCCAGGCCCCUAGAGCUCCCGAACGACAGGUUCCUGGACCAAACGAAGACUCCCGACGAGGAAGACGAUUUCAUGGAUCUGGAGAAAUCCGAACCGAAUCUACCGAGGGAAUUGAAACUAAUGAAAUCAGGCGGGAUCGUCGCCAAAGCUAUCAUACCAGCCGGCACCAAAUAUGGUCCGUUCAACGGAAAGUCUGAGGUUUUCGGUAAAAAUGGCGUUCGUUCGUGGCUGGACGCGGCUGCGGACAAGUCUAACUGGUUCAAACUCGUCCGCUGCGCAACCUCCCCGCACGAAGUCAAUCUGCAACACGAAAAGUUUGCAGGACAAGUCUGGUAUAAAGUGACUCGUGACGUGUCAGCAGGACAAGAGCUGUUGGUCGGAGCUUGGACGUCACUGCCGUUACAAGAUGUUCUCACAACUGGUAGAGAGAGUGCCAGCAGUCACUCUCACCAGCAACAGGACGAAGAAGACAGAGAGGAUACGAAACCACGAUGUUCCUUCUGUGACGAACCAUUCCCUAAUAUUGAUGCACUUGACCGUCACUUGAUUCAAGCACAUGCCCAGCCAGCUUCGGCAUAUCAUUGCGAGCUGUGCAACAGAGCGUACAGUUCCCGGGCACUUCUCCUAAGACACCGGGCGUUAACACAUACCGAUAUCAGGAAAUAUCCCUGCGAGAAUUGUCCUAAGGUAUUUACCGAUCCUUCCAACCUCCAGCGCCACAUCCGCGCGCAGCACGUGGGUGCCCGCAGCCACGCCUGCCCUGAAUGCGGCAAGACCUUCGCCACCAGCUCCGGCCUUAAGCAGCACACACAUAUUCACUCCAGUGUCAAGCCCUUCCAGUGCAAAGUCUGCUUCAAGGCAUACACACAAUUCUCUAAUUUGUGCAGACACAAACGAAUGCACGUUGCGUGUAGAGCAUUGGUAGAGUGUGGGAAAUGUGGACAAUCAUUUACGUCGUACGCAUCUCUUACUAAGCAUAAAAGAUUUUGCGAUACUGCUUCUGCAACGAACGUAAAUCUCAGAGGACAAAUUGGUCAAGGAUUACCGCAGAUACCACCUAUCCCAAACGUCAUGAAUAAUCCGAAUAAUACAAAUCCAUUCCCCAUGUACAGAGGUCCAGCUCUGCCGUUACCAUACAACACUUUCGCACAUUACCCAGCCUUUAUCUCCGCUGCUGCCGCCGCAGCUUGCCCCCCAGACUUUUUAAGUCCCCUCCUCUUCAAUGUCCAAGGAGCGAGGUUAGCUAUGGAGCAUGAUUUGGCACUUAACGCCAGUUUAAUGGCCAAGCAACAACAGGAAGAACGCAUGUCAGUAAAAAAGGAAACAGAGAGCAUAGAUAGUUCAACAUCUGUAGAUAUAAUAAAUAAAGCGAAAGAAAUUACCAGAGAUGAGAAAGAUAUGGAUGUAGACAGAGUAACACCGAAACCUCAGGAACAUUAUGUAAAACAAUCACCGCCGUCGGCUGAAGAGGCUACUUCAAAACAACGUCCUUCUCCAGUGAUGCCACUGUCGACUACUGUUGGACCCUUUGAUUUUGCAAGAAAUGAAACAAAACACAACUCUAUGUACGAUUUUUCUUUGAAAAAUAACAACGAAACUUUAGAAAAUAAGUCAAUGUCUCCUCAACCUAAAGAUUUGACGAGGAACAACAUGUCCAGUGAUGUGGAAAAACAAUCAAGAUAUUCUAAUUUAGAAGAAGAAACAAAAGAGCAGAAUGACCAACCGCUCGACUUAUCUGUCACUCGAAAACAACGUGACAAGGAGUCAGACCUAGAAAAUGAUGAUCAUUCCUUUCGAAAUUCAUCGAUUAAAUCUUAUUCACCUGCUGAAAGUCCUGUUGAUAGAGAGAAUAAGACUCCGGAAAAUGAGACAACUGAUGUUGACGUGGAAGCAGUUGAACCCAAAAGAGAGGAUUCCCCAGUGUCAAUGAUGUCUCCUCCCUUAGCAUUCCCAAUGGCUGUACAUGCUCAGCACAAUAACAGUCUCAUGAACGCAAUGUACCCACCACGUUUUACACGUUUCCAUUCGACUUCUGACUCCAUACUAAGCGCACAGCACUCACCAUACGUUCCCAGCCCGUUUAAUUUUUUAUCGCCACUUCUCGGCACUGACGGCCCCGAUAGGCAAUCAAGUGCCUAUGCGAAAUUUCGAGAACUUAGCGCUGGUUCCGGCAAACUGCGAGAUCGCUACGCUUGCAAAUUUUGCGGAAAAGUAUUUCCGCGAAGUGCCAACUUAACGCGUCAUUUACGUACGCACACCGGCGAGCAACCAUACAAGUGCAAAUAUUGUGAGCGUUCCUUUUCCAUAUCCUCUAAUUUACAGCGACACGUAAGAAACAUUCAUAACAAAGAGAGACCGUUUAGAUGUCAGUUAUGCGAUAGAUGUUUCGGUCAGCAGACUAACCUAGAUCGACACCUUAAGAAACAUGAGGCGGAAGGUGGUGAUUCACCAAGUUCCGGGGAUACUGAACACGACGCGUGUUUUGAUGAUAUUCGUUCUUUCAUGGGGAAGGUGACCUGUUCUCCUGGAGCAGGAUCUCCAGCAGCGACCUCUCCUCACCCAUCUCACGCCCCACAUCCUUCUCAUCGACCUUCAGCGCUUUCCAUUUCCACCUAGCCCUCGGCCUACCCGCUGCCGCCAGCUCCUCUAUGGCCUCAGCCUUUUGAAUAGUGUUUAGUGACGUCAUUGGUUCAUACGAAUCCCAAAAGACUAUGAUGUUUGUACGUAAAGGCCUCAAUAAAGGUCUCUAUAAAAUAGAUUUAUUAUUUCUAUUUAAUGAAAAAUGAAUCAUUUAACUAAGGGAAUACUUCUGAUAACUUGCAAUUUUAACAUCCUUUUUCAUGACAAGAAUAAAUGUAAAAUUUUUAGUGUAAAAAUAGAUUAGCGGUUUAAUGCGUUCCUAGAUUUAAUUGUGAUCUUAAAAAUGGUUUUCGCUUUUUGCGACAUUCUGCACAUAGAUAGGGAUAUAAUUGUAUAAAAUAAAUUAGGAGUAGUAAUUGUAUUGGGCAAUAUAAAACUUGAUUAGGUGCAUUUGUAAAAUAUUGUUAUCAAAUAUAAUUGGCGAAAUUUAAUUAGAGAUGUUAUUAUUUGAUCUCUUGUUAGUCAAAAAUCUACCAAAGCAAUUGUUCUAAUAUAUUCGGGUUGGGUUUGUAUGGGAUAAAUUAAUAUAAAAUUUUCACAAGUAUUACAUUACAUUGUAACAAAUACGAUUAAAUGAUAUUUUGUUAAAUUUGUUAUUUACGUGUUAUUGUACAUAAUUCACUUCGAGCAUAUCAUGUGUUUAGAUAGGAUCAAAACUACACGUCUUAGAUAUUGUAAUUAAAUCUUCAGAUAAAAUUAUAUUAUUAUAAAUUUUUCUUAUAUAAGUUCUCUGUAUUUAAGAAUUAUCUUAAGAAACGUUCCAGGUUAUUUCGGUCAUAUCUUAAACAUUUGUAGGCAUAACUGUAACUAAAUUAAGGUCGACGAUGUUUUAAUAUGAAUUAAUUUUUCUUUAUGUCCAUCAAAAUGGUUCACUGUAAAUUAUAUAAAAAUAAUGCAAUACAUGAAAUAGAUUUGUACUGUUAUCACACCCUCGUGGCACUCGUAUUGAUAAGAAUAUUGUCACACAAUAAACGCGUCU